AUGGUAGUCUAUUAUAAAUCAGUAAUCAGUAAUCCGUUGUUUCAGUUUACCAGGGGUAGUGACCGCAAAAGUGUACUACUGAGUAGCCCCAGUCACCGUGAAUCCAGUCCAUCACUGAACUCACCACAUCAGUUGUCGCCGACCAUAAACAGCACUACCACCAACCAAAAUUCCCAACGUCAAUUCAGGAAAAGAAGUAGGACAAUUCCUGCCUACCGAAGUAGAUCUAACAAAAGGAGUAAAAUCUCCAUUGGCCAGAGAUCAGUUUCUCCCCCCAUUGAUACGCACGGUAGAAGUAACUUAGACAUUCAACAAAAUCCUAACGACAGUUCCAAUAAUAAAAUAAUCAUUCGAAAUCCGUAUGGUACCACUGAGGAUAAAAGAGAGCUGUAUUCAUCAUACACUGACUGCUCGUCGAGCUUGAGUACGGACACAACAAAAGCUCAUGUUUUAGAGGAUGGUUUUGAUAAUCUUAUAAAUGACCUGAAGGAUUCGUUUAAUAUCACUCGAAAGAUUUUCAAUAAUUAUAGAAGUUCAAUCGAAUCACAAUAUAAUCAAAUAACUCAACAGUGUGAAAAAUUGAGAAUCAACUUGAACGAUUCUUAA